CUAUCAACCGGAAUUUUGUUACCGUCGGAAUGUAUCCGGGAAUUCAGUGUUUACACUGUGAUUUAGACACUGUGGUGCAUGGGUGUAUCUAGAUAGUGUAACAAACUUCAUGGAAGCAGGAUUUCUGUUGGAUUUGGAGCGCCGCGACGUGUCAAUGGCUUCGGCAUUGGAAGCCAUGCAUCCCCUAGAUCCUCCACCGCCCGACGUGCUUCUUGCUUUGCUGGCCAGAAAUAAGGCCCUUGAAGCCAGUAUCCCGAAAUGCGGCGGAUGUCACGAGAUGAUCGUAGAUCGGUACGUGCUGAAGGUGUCCGACAGGACCUGGCAUGCGGGCUGCCUCCGUUGUGUGGAGUGCCGCGCCAUGCUCUCAGGGAAGUGCUUCGCGAGGAAUAAUCAACUAUAUUGCACUGAGGACUUUUUCAAUCCCAGGCGGUUCGGCACGAAGUGUGCUGGCUGCGGCCAGGGAAUCCCUCCCACUCAGGUGGUGCGCAGAGCCCAGUCCCACGUGUACCAUCUGAGGUGCUUCGCCUGUGCUGCCUGCGCAAGGACCCUCAAUACCGGCGACGAGUUCUACCUCAUGGAGGACGGGAAGUUGGUGUGCAAGCCGGACUACGAAGCCGCCAGAGCUAAAGGUGAUGGAUCGAUUGACGGCGACGCGGCCAGUAAGCGACCUCGCACAACCAUCACAGCAAAGCAACUAGAAACCCUCAAAAGUGCAUACAGCAGUAGUCCCAAGCCAGCGAGGCACGUGAGGGAACAGCUGGCACAGGACACUGGCCUCGAUAUGCGAGUGGUGCAAGUUUGGUUUCAAAACAGAAGAGCCAAGGAGAAGAGAUUGAAGAAGGACGCAGGCCGUACGCGAUGGUCACAGUACUUCAGAUCUAUGAAGAGUACUGGAGGAAGCUCACCGAGAGACCGGCUGCUAGAUAAAGAUGAACUCAAAAUUGAUUUGGAUUCAUUUAGUCACCAUGAACUGAGCAAUGAUAGCUACAGUACUGCUGCCAUGGGGGGUGAGGAUAGUUCUCCGGCGGGCGGCGUCACCGCGGGCUCCAGGUUCGGGGCCACACCGCCCUACCUGCGCGCGCAUUCGCCCCCCCACGCGCAUUAUCACUACCCCCCCGACCACCUGGUCUACACAAAUAUUGGACAAGCAAUGAGCGCGGCGGGCAUCGGGCCUGGGGCAGGAGGUGCGUCAGACUUGAGCAGCUCAUCAUCUCCAGCUGCGGGGGGCUAUCCUGACUUCCCCCCCUCGCCCGACUCUUGGCUGGGCGAGCCGCACCACUACUCCCCCCGUGGCUACCCCUAGCGGCGGCCACCGCCGGCGCACACGCAUCCACCACUCGUAGCGCCUUGCCCCACGCAGCCAUUCCCCCUUCAACCACUCGAGCUGGUCGUCAAGCGUGAACUAUGAUUGGUAACGAAUAACUCAGUUAGCACAAACUUUUGAAUGGUGAAUUUACAUAGUCAGUUAAAUAAAAUAUAAGUCUAAGUGUAAAUGUCAGUGAUUAUCGAAUCUAAUAUUACAGAUUUAUUUUUAACUUACAUUUGCAAUAAUAUAACUUUCUUCCAAAAACUAGUGAAAAUAUUAUUUAUAU